CAUUCCAAAUUCAAUAGCAUUUUUCAUAAUUUGUACUAAAUGCCGAUUUAUUACUUGUUACUCCUACUUGGUGUAUAUCCGAGUGGAUUUUUGAGAGACGUGGACGCAGCUAAUUGCAGCCAAACAAAUGAUGUGUGGAAGUGCGAUUCAGGUGCCUGCAUUAAGAUUGAUCAAUUGUGUGAUGGUACGAAACAUUGCCGAGAUGGCUCGGACGAGAAAAAAAAGUCAUGCAAGGAUAUGAAAUGUUCUUCGUUAUCGUUUCGUUGUAAAUAUGGAGCGUGCAUUUCCGUUCUACAGGUUUGCGAUGGUGUGCCCGAUUGUACGGACUCUUCCGAUGAAGAUAUUAAUUAUUGUCGCCAACGACGUGAUAAUUUGCCGGACUAUGAAGUUGAUGACGAAACUAGUCGAAUGAAUUGUGUUGGUUGGGGGCAGAUGAAAUGUUGGUCGGGGCAGUGCGUUAACAUCAAGGAUAAAUGUAAUGGCAUUCGUGAUUGUGCGGAUGGCAGUGAUGAAACCGAGGUCCUUUGUGGGGCAAUACCUUGCCAAAUAGAAGAGUUUCGAUGUGGUUACGGUGCAUGCAUUCCUUUGACAGCUAAAUGCAAUGGAACAAUAGAAUGCUUGGAUGGCACCGAUGAGCUGGAAAAUCUUUGCAAAGAAGACGGUGCAACAGAAGCAGCAAAAACAGUAACUGCAACAACGAUCAGCGCAAUGACAACGAUAACCGCAUACGAAAAUGAUAUCAGUAACGUCACCGAUACGAAUUCAACCGAUUUGAUUAUACCCUUAGAAAAUAAUAAUGAUGAGAAAUAUGUUUCUGAGUUCAGCACAAAAGUCAUGGACACGACUCCGACUCAGGAAGGCAAAAAUAACCAUUAUAACAAUAAAAAUAUUAAUUCGGAUAAUGCUGGAGUGAUUCAGGAUAACACCGAUGUCAAAACAAAUCCCAAGUAUGAUCAUAAUGAGGUCACCACUCAUACGAAUGUAGAUCAUAUAACUCGGGAACCAGGAAUUGCAGUUGCGAUUCCUCAGCAUAUAGAUACAACAACUGAAAGUGCAUUUUCACGACCUUCACUUAUUGAUUACUCAACGCUGCAAAACGAGCGAUCAACUACGCAAUCAACUUUAAGAACGACAGACAUAAAACCCAUUCGGCCUGUAUUGAAAAUGAACUUGACACAACCUGGGUUAGAUGCAGCAAUCGAAAGUCCACUACCGUCAAAAAAUGUCCAACCAAGACCUGUUUCCAAACUCGCGUUAUCAAACACUACUGCAAAACCGAGCCGCUCGACUAGUGACUUUAUUAUAAAAACAAGUCUUUUAGAAGAGAACACCACAUCUGAUGAACACCUAAUAAAGCCAUUAAUAAAACCAACAAAUGCUCGAGAUGAAGUUCCAACGAAUACACCGUCAAGGCCAACAGAAAAGACUAACAAAACUAUAGUCCAAGACAAUAAGGCUUAUAAUCACCCAAACAUAUAUAAAUCUCAAGGCCCUUUAACAGAUACGUUCCUAUAUAGUACAAGUCAAAUGCCGCCCACAUUUAAUCAAGCACAUAGCGCUCUAAGAACUCAAGUGGCCAGUACAACAUCCAAAAUUCAAACAAUAGACGUCGUCAAAAGUGUGUGUACUCUAAGAGGCUGUGAAUAUCCUUUGGUUUGCGCACUUGCAAUGCCACCAGGGGUUAAUCCAGGUAGUGCAAUUAAUAAGCAAGGCAGAUUAGCACUUGAAGUAGGGUCGGAAGUAAAAUUUUCUUGUGCAGAUGGUCAUUAUUUAGAUGGGGCGGAUCGCAAAAUAUGCACUGCCGCAGGUUGGAGCCAUGACACGCCAAGUUGCACACCAUAUUGUGAGGUUGACUUCUUGGUCGCUUGCAGAUAUCCACUUACAUGCUAUUACAAACAACCCAGGAAUGACACUGUUAUCAAAAUCAAUUACAGUUUUUAUGGGGAAUUUGUUAAGGAAUACUCCAGCAUUACGUUUUCUUGUGGUGAGGACUACCAGCUUGAAGGUGCAAAUAGCAGAGAAUGUAAGAUGAAUGGUUGGCAAGGAAAUAUACCCCGGUGUGUUAAUUAUUGUAGGGUAAAAGGAUUCCACAAUUGUGAGGCGCCACUGAAGUGCAAAAUUUUGGAUUCAAACACAGGCAUCUUAAGAGACUACAGCCCUCAUUUCGUUAAUCACUGGCUUUAUAAGAUCAGAGAAGAGUCUUUUGUUGAAUUUAGUUGUGAAAGCGGAUAUGAACUGAUAGGAAUGAAUUGCUCAACAUGCGGAACUUAUGGCUGGGAUAAUGCUGAACCUUCAUGCAAAAAAGUCACUUGCAAAGCCGACCUAAUACCAAAAUGUGAGAACCCUUUGAAAUGCACACUUCAUCAUUCGUCGUUAAAUUCCGAUCAGCAAAUAACUAAUCGAAGUCGGCCAAAAUACCAAAUGUAUCCCGAAGGCUCAGAGGUGACUUUCAGUUGCAGUAAUGGUUAUAAGUUGCAAGGCGAAAAUCGAACGAUAUGUGGCACAAAUGGUUGGAGUCAUGAAAAACGUAUGUCGCUGCCAAAGUGCUCAAGUCUAUGCGCCAAUGAAAUAUUUGAAGAGUGCAAACACCCAUAUAUUUGCAAUUAUCAUAAUACUAAGCGAUGGAUCAGGAAUAUACAAAAAACUUAUAUGGAAUCAAUCGUUCCUGUGGGUUCCGUUAUUGAUUUUAUAAAUACUAAUUUCUAUAAAGAGCAGGGUUUUACCCGUUUUCAGUGUACUGUAAAUGGAUGGGUGCAUGUGCCUGCAUACGGUUAGACUUGUUACAGUUGGUGACAAAAGGUCGACUUAAUUUUCAGAUUAAUGCGUUAUGCUAUCACAAUAAAUAAAUCAUUCAAUGAAUCCAAUCAAA